UAUAGUGCCGCGUGUUUUUAAGAAAUUCUGCGAAUGAGUGAGGAGGAAGCGUACAAUUAAACAUUUGACUGUUGAUAUUUAAUAAAUAGUGCUAAAUAUGUAUACGGCAGUUAAGCCACUUUCGAAGUAUUUGCAACUGAAGUCGGUUCGCAUUUACGAUGGCAUUUUCACGUUCCACGCUAAAGUAACUUGCGCCCUUUUAUUGGCUUUCACAGUUUUGCUAUCUGCAAAACAAUAUUUCGGGGAUCCACUAGUUUGCAUAUCAAACAUGAACGACAAGGACUUUGUAAACUCCCAUUGCUGGACAUUGGGGAUGUAUAUAAUGAACUACGAAAAUGACGAAUUGGCGGACAAACAAGAGAAGAAAAUUGAGAGGGAUUAUAAGAACCAGUUUCUUAGAGCCGAAUUUAAGCCUAAAAUGGAUAGUAACUUGCUACAUAACGCUGCUCCGUUGACUGCGGAUCCUUCAAUUCCACAAGAACGCGUCUUUCUACGCUAUUAUCAAUGGGUGGUGCCCGUCCUGUUGCUGCAGUCGAUUAUCUUCUAUCUGCCAGCAUUUCUGUGGAAGAUUUGGGAGGGCGGGCGCAUGAAGAGCCUCUGUUCCAACUUGGAUAAUGUGCUGGAAUCGAAAGAGAAGACUACAGCGCAUCUGCGCAAGCUGGCCAAAUAUUUUACCAGCGACUACAAGGACACACAUUUCCGCUAUUUCACUUCCUAUAUAAUCUGUGAAAUUUGCAACUUUAUAAUUAGCAUUAUCAACAUGCUGCUGCUGAAUGUGUUCUUGGAUGACUUCUGGUCGCGCUAUGUGAAGGCUGUGGCUGCAGUGCCGGCCUAUAACUGGGAUGAAUGGAAUCGGAUCACAACGCACAUAUUUCCCAAAAUAGCGAAAUGCGAGAUAUUGAAAUUCGGCUCCAGCGGCACCCUGGAAUCUAUUGACAAUCUGUGCCUUUUGCCGCUCAACAAUUUGAAUGAGAAAAUCUUUGUUUUCAUGUGGAUCUGGUUUAUUCUAAUGGCCAUUUUGGCAGGCUUGAAGAUCAUCUAUCGUCUUAUCGUCAUUUUCCAUCGUGGUCUGCGCUUUCAACUGCUGCGCGCCCAAACACGCUUCAUGCCCCAAUUGACAUUGAAACGCGCCAUUGCUAAUUUUAGUUGCGCCGAUUGGUUUAUGCUAAUGCGUGUCAGCAACAAUAUGACUCGCGAGCUAUUUAGCCAGCUGAUGGAACUGGUCUAUGACGAACGCUUUCCCACUAACAAGCCAAUUCCAAAUGCGGACGGCAAGUUAGCCUGAAACACUUUAUAAACCAUAUUUUCUAUUUACUAAGUACCACUCGCAUUGCGGGCUAUAUAGUUAAGAAGAAUGACUAUAACUUAAUUAACUUUUGAUAUUGAUUUACAAGUACUCGAUAUGAAUGAAUUAUCGAAAUCCUAUUUGUUACGUUAAUUUUGAACCAAAUGAGUAAACUGAACGAGUUAUCGACUAUUUUGAAGAACAUU